ACGGGGCCUAAAAGGAGUGGCUGCUGCUGCGGGAAGAACAGGAGUUUAUGACUCAAUUGUGAAGAGUUGUACCCCCUGCGGGAUCCUCAAGAUCCGCUAGCUGAUAAAAAUUUCAGCGAUUGGCUCUCGGGUCAGCCACUGAAAACACCGGUGCCCUUGGCAGUUAGCAUAGCCACAGACAUUGGGAGAAAUCGUUGGUGCCUAAAGGGCCCCAACACAGUCAAAACCGCAAUCUGAAUUUGCAUCGCCUUUGAAGGAAUAUCAUCUCUGGACGCGUGCGAUCGCCCAUUUUGAUUGAGGCUGAGCUGUUUGUUGUGUCUGUAGCUGGCACUCGAUGUGAAGAGCAUGUGUUGGACUGAAGAGUACGUACGCCGCGAUCUCCAACAGAGGCAGAGCUGGAGAUCACAAGAUCACGCCUUCUCUUCUCCCACGUUUAUCCUGUUACUUGCUCGUAAACGGACGCAAAUUCAAAACUCACCAGAAGCGCAAAUCGUCGAUGGACGGCCUGCGCGAAAUUUUAUUAUCGGAGAUCAGUCCACUGCAUCAAAAUAAUGUACUUCACGGCCUCAUUCAGCUCAUCGAUCACCUCCGAUCGCCCGGUCCCCCAUACCACCCAACGAUACUAGACCUCUGCUGCCUCGUCCGGACACUUUGGCAAUUGCGAUCGCUGACAGGGGAGCAAUUAUGGCGGGAUGAUUUAAUGUCUCAAGGAAUCCACUGUAUUCGCGAGGCAAAGGCCGCGAUGGAAGGGUUAUUCGGAGAGUUGAACAAAAAGGUUGUGGAUGACGGCACAGUGACACAAUGGACCCACUCUGCGCUAUGGGCACUAAAUCGAUUUCUGGCCCUGACUCGAUACCUUGUCGCCCCCCAGGAGCAUGGAAUAAGGGAAAUGGUAUUCUUGUCUGCCAGAGGCACGGCCAGGAUCGGUACAAGCUGGACUCCGGUUGCGAAUAUGAGGAUGAGAACGCUGUAUUGCACGAAGUCUGGGCCAAUCGAAAUGUUGGGAUCUUUGAACAUAUCGGCCUUAAAAGCGGUGGAGCAGAGUACUAUGACCCCAUGUUUUGGUCCCGUUGCCCAUCAAGUGCGACCAAGUUCUUCACUGUCGGCCGUGUCUUUAUGAUGUUAUGGGAUGUAAUCGCGCUUGGAAGGGAUCUUCAGGAGGUCACUGAUGAUGAUCCCACAGUUCAUGCCAAUCGGCGCGCAUUAAUGACCAUAGAGAGUGCCUACUCGGGGCCAUACACAGGCCUAGAUACAGUCAGGCGAUUUGUUGUCGUUGCGCAAGGCGUCCGAUCCUCGUAUUGCCUACCAAUAAGUUCGUUCAACGACCAGGGCUGCUCUCAGCAGCAGGAUCGGCAGAAUUACGGCGUUAUUUGCACAGGAGAAAGGUCGCAAACUGCCGACUUUGUUGGGGAAACAGGGAUGAUAUACCCGGCCAUAUACAUUGCUCCUAUAGCUCCUAAGCCUUGGCCUCACAAGGUUCUUCUCAUGACGGAUGUGCCACCUGCGCCUCCGAAUUCCGAACUUCCCUCACUUGAAUUGCCUGCGCAGUGCCGAAUUGACUACCGCCGUCUCUGUGAAGUGGAGCAUAACGUUUGCAGCAGGAAUAUAGGCAUAGUUAGUAGGGAAUCGUUAAAUAUCCUGGAGGAUUACGCUGCGUUCAUUGGAUUGAAAGCUAGGUGGUCUUCAAGUGAAGACAGUGAUGGAAUGGAUUUGACAUGAGAAAGAUUUCAAUCCAGGUGCUUGGCAUAGUUGCGGGAAAGAUGAGGGAAAUCAUCCCUUCCACCACACUGUCCUAAAGAGAGUUCGCAGAUUACUCAUUGGAUAUAAAUAUUCAUUCGGUAGUGGUUUCCUGCACGCCAAGAAGAUGGCUCAGCACCCCGUGACGCGCUAAGCCCACGAAAUACGAUGUACAACUAGCCAUGAGGCCCAAUGCUUCCUCUCCAUAUAAUUCGCUAUAUCCCCAUCACGAUGACCUCCAGAGACCCCUUUCAGCUUCUAAGCUUCGAGUCAGCUGGGAACAUCCUGUACUAUCUCGAUCCUCGGACAGUGGUCCGCUGUGAGCGUGUGAGUAAAGGCUGGAGGGAUUUCAUACGGGUAUGGAUCGUAUCAUCUGGCCUCUCUAGCAACUUUUGCGGGCUGUGGAAUAGUGAAGCCGGGAAGGAACCCACCAUGCGCCUUCGAAAGUUCAAAGAACUAGGU